AUUCGACUCAGACUUCAACUAUCUGACACUUGUCUUUCACAAGUUCUUUCUGAAACCAAUCAUCAAAAUGUCUGCCACAUCUACGCCUACAGACUCUCCGGCCUCUGCUCCCAUUCAGCCAAUGCACAAUCCCUCGCAAGCCGCCCACAUCGUCGUCCCACAAGCACCUCUUGGGCAUGUCGCAAACGGUGCCAAUAACGCUAUACCUGGAAUGGGCAUGAAAGCACUCUUGGCCAAAAAGCUGGCGAAGACCAACAAUCCCAAGUUUGUCUCGCCGACAGACAACCUGAUGACACCCGUCACACAGAAGCUUAAUGCUGCGAAGCAGAAACACUUCACUAAGGGCACGAAACCCAUGGGUCCUCUCUUCCCACCUAAAGAGUCACAUAUAUCAGAGCAAGAAGAUCACGGUCAAAGCGACACAGAACCUACAAAAGACACAUCUUCAGAAGUACCGAUGGAAGACGAGAAUCCCUUUUAAGACAGAACGCAGUUGGCCCACUCGGGCAUCUCCAUCGUAUCCUCACGUCGUUUGUUGUAUUACGCUCUUGUUUGUGUCGCUAAAUCUUGCUUGCCUGUGUAGAGUCUAGUGGUGUUGUAGGAGGUUGUAAGAUGUUCCCACGCUUUGCUGUAGUGUUACGCGUCGCGGCUAGUAUGUAUGCCUUAUUAUACGGAUACA